AAUUGGUUGAUAAUCACGGUGCAUGGCGGCUGUAUGUUUUGAGGGAGACCUUCUUCCCGGUUGAUGCAGAAGAGAUAGCAAAAAUCAGGAUAUCACCAUGUAUGGGCGAGGAUCUUCUUGCAUGGGCGCCCGAGCGGAAUGGAUGCUUCACGAUGCGAAGUGCCUAUCGGCUUGCUCUGGAGGAUUGUCUUCAGCCUUCAUCAGUCGCGGCAAGCAGGGCCAUAUGGGCUUUUAUUUGGAUGUGCCCUGCUCCUCCUAAGAUGUUCGAGGGCGGUGGCGCUAUGGCAAGCCAUGGCCAAGCAAUGGAGGAUUCCAACGGCGGUGAGCUUUCGACGAAUGGGUACAGAGUGGCUUGCCCAAGCUCUCUGUGACCUGCCGGAGACGCAGCAGAUGGAGCUGAUGAUGACAUUAUGGAUCUGCUGGCACGUCCGGAAUGAGUUGACGCACGAUAAACCUGCACCGCUGAUGGAGGCAUCUCGACGUAUUCUGCUCGGCUAUGUUGACUCUUUGAUUGGCCUCCAGAACUCACGCAACUAUGACCCGGUGAAGGGGAAGCAGGUGGUGGAUUCAGUGCAGCCCAGAACACCUAUACUCCACCCACCUACAUCUUCAAGAGCUUCUGUGAGGUGGAUGUUGCCGGCGACCGGUUGGAUGAAAUUGAACGUGGACGGCUCCUAUUGCCCAUGUAUAGGGACGGCAAUCGCCGGAAUGGUGCUGCGCGACAGUUCAGGGGCUAUCAUCUUCUCUUCGUGUCGAGUGUUGCGUGUGUGCGUGGACCCCCUGGAGGCCGAGCAUAGACAUCUUCUCUUCGUGUCGAAUAAACAUCCCGGCACUGCACACGGCAGGAGCUCACAGGUCACUGCCUCGUCCACCGCCAUUGUGCUCGAAAUUUCACACCACUGCGCACGGCAAGAACUGACAGGUCACCGCCUCAUCCGCCACCAUUGUGCCUGGUGCGUUACUCAGUUCCCGCCCUUAAAUUUCCCACCACUGUGUGCUGUGAGAAUCAGCAGGUCACCGCCUCAUCCACCGCCAUCGUACCUGAAAUUUCCCACCACUGCGUGCUGCAAGAAUCAGCAGGUCACCGCCUCAUCUGCUGCCAUCAUGCCCGGAUUGUGA